AUGGCACAGCCCAGAAAACAGGAGAAAGACUUCACGGCGGAGGUGGCGGCGCUGGUGCCGGAAGUGGAGGGGCUCGCCAAGGAUGGCAAGUUGAUCGAUGCCGUGGAGAAGAUCACCGCUAUGGAGAAGCAGACCCGAAAUGCUGCCGACAUGACUUCAACCGCAACCCUCCUCACCACUCUCGCUACCAUCAUCCACUCAGCAGGCGACCUCGACAUGCUGAAUCAACAACUGACGAUCAUGUCAAAGAAGCAUGGUCAACUGAAGGAGGCGGUGGUACGCAUGGUGGAUGAGGCGAUGAAGUGGCUGCCGGCGCUCAAGGAGAAGAAGGAGAAGGGGGAGUACAAGGGCGGGAAGGAUCGGUGGUUGGAGUUGUUGAACACGCUGAGGGAUAUCACGGAGGGGAAAAUAUACCUCGAACUGGCAAGAGCGAGGUUGACAUUGUCCUUGGCGGAGCACCACGAGAAGCUCUCAGAAUCAGCACCCUCAGAGCCGUCAUCCCCCUCUACCGCGAAAUCUACCUCCGCCGAACCCGAGAAGAAGAAGGAGCCCACGACUGCCCGAGAUCACAUUGACGCUGCUGCGGAUCUGCUGUCAGAUAUUCAGGUGGAGACGUAUAGCAGUAUGGACAAGCGGGAGAAGACAGAAUUCAUUCUGGAGCAAAUGCGUCUCGAGAGCAUGCGGGGAAACUGGACAAAGGUUCGAGUGGGAUCGAGGAAGGUGAACCGGGUGUACCUGAAAGAGGAGGACGUAUCAGAUCUCAAACUGCGCUUCUACGACCUCAUCGUCCAGCUCGCAUUGCAGGAUGACGACUUCCUCGAGGCGUGCAACGCCUAUCAGGCGGUGUGGGACACCAAGAGGAUCAAGGACGAUGAAGCAGCAGAGCGGAAUGUUCUGGAGAACAUCAUCAUCUAUGUCAUUCUUGCGCCAUACAACAAUGAGCAAAACGACAUGCUUCACAAGCUUUACGCAGACUCGAACCUCCAAAAUGCCGAGACACACUACGACCUCUUGAAAUGCUUUGUCACGAAGGAGCUCAUGCGAUGGCCUGGAAUCGAAGAGCUGUACGGGCCCAAGAUCAGGACAUCGCCUGUCUUUGCACCCGACUCGGAUCUCGGCAAGAAGACGGGAACGAAUGCGGAGGGUAAGAAGCCGGAGGAGCUGGAGAAGCCAGGAGAGUGGCGCUGGGAGCAACUGCACAAGCGGGUUGUGGAGCACAACAUCCGAGUCCUCGCAUCCUACUACUCGCGUAUCCACAUGUCCCGGCUUUCAGAGCUCCUCGACCUCCCACCCCUCACUACCGAACGCACCAUCUGCAAGCUCGUCACCGACAAGACUAUUUUUGCGCGGAUAGACCGCCCGGCCGGCAUCGUCACGUUCAAGAAGAAGCGGGAUGCCAAUGACGUGUUGAAUGUCUGGUCGACGGACAUUGGAAAGAUGUUGGGACUGGUGGAGAAGGCGAGUCAUCUGGUUUCCAAGGAGUAUGCGAUGCAUGAGGCGAGUAAGGGCGGGAAGGGGGUCAAGGCGUGA